AUGGAAACAGGCCCUUUUCGAUCAGUUAAAGCAGGAGACCGAGGUGAGCUUGACAGAGCAAUAGGAAGAAUGGAAGCUCGUCCAGAUAUCAGAGACAGCCAAGGGAAUUCUCUUCUUCACAUCGCUGUUGAAGUCAAGAGAAAUGAGCUUGCAUGCAUUGCUCUUCUGCUAGAAAAUGGUUGGGAUCCUAACCUACAAAACAACUUAGGAGCUACCCCACUUCAUUAUGUAGCUCUCCGAAAAGACUCAGGCAGACAAGUUGCCCAGCUUCUUCUAGAACACCGUGCCAAUCCUAACAUUGCUACAAACUCAGGACACACAGCUCUGCAUCUGGCCUGUGAAAGGUAUAAGUCUGAGCUUGUUGAGAUUUUAUGUGAAAAUGGUGCAUUGCCUUCUGCUUUAGACAUAAAGCAUAAUACUCCUCUUCACAUUCUUUUAUUAACACCUGGGCGUGAUACAAUAGCUAGAGAUAUCGUAGAAAUUCUAUUAGCUCACGGUGCAAGGCCAGGCCAAAAGAACUCAGACGGAAAUGAUACUUUAUUAUUAGCAGCAGCCCAAGGGUAUGCCAAAGUGAUUCAAUUUUUACUACAGCAUAAUCAGGACCCAACAGUAGUUAAUAACUUUAACAACAAUAUUGUCCAUGAAGCUGCUUUGCACGGUCAUUCUGAGCUGGUUGAGAUUUUGCUAGCGAUUGAGGUGCCUUUUUUGAAUUCAAAAAAUAUCGAAGGGGACACUCCAUUGCACAUUGCAGUUAAAAACAACCACGCUGACGUAGCUGUGGCACUGCUGAGAAAAGGAGCAUCAAUACAAAUCAAAAAUAACCAUGGGCAGACUGUCAAUGAAAUAGUCUCUCAAGAAGCCAAAGACGUGUUUGCUGCUAAACACCCUGAUUUAAUCAGAGCCUUAGCAACAAGGGUAAAACCACAAGCAAGAAAGCCUGAAGAUGAUCCUGCAGUUUGCGCUAUUCAAUAA